AUGGCGUCCGACGAAACUCUCCUAGCCAAUGCACCCAUUACACCUGCACACAAAUUCGCCUGGCGCGCCUUCCGCGGCUUCGUCUACGGCUCCCCAGAGUCGCCCGGACACAAUGACACGGUACACACGACGCUGUUGCCUCAGCCUCUGUCUCCGAAACGCGUCAGCAUCGAUGCGCCGGUCAUAAACCUCAGCCCACAGAAGCGCAAGCGUGACGCGCAGGUUUCGCCCACGAAAUCCAUCUUACGUACCCCAGGUGCGCCGACGCCCCGCGCAAAGAGCUUACGAGAUGUGAACGUCAAAUUCAAGAGCAUCAGUCCAGAGAAUAGGAGGGGCGCGUCUAUAUCUAUUCCGAUCCCGCCGCCCGCAAUUGCGGAGCUGGAGCAGCAGGUGGACACUCUGUGGGAAGAGCUCGAGUUGUCGCUCGAAGCCGCUAAGAGCCACCAAUCACUGCCGGCACAGGCCCAGUCGCAGCCACAGGAAGAUGAUGCUCGCGCGGGGAAGUCCUCUGGAAAGCCGGCAAGAAGUGUGGUUGCGAAGGAAACAAAGAAUGGAGACGAUCCCUUGCGGGCGGUGGGUCUGGACGAGGAGACGGAGGCGUACGCGCGGAGGACAGAAAGGGAGAUGAAGAGGCUGUUAAAGCAGCAUAAGAGGCUCAAAAGCUAUGCACAGAGGAUGGAUGAGCGCAAUGUGGAGUUGCAGGCAAUGGUCGAAGAAUUGCACAAGGAGAAUGCACGCUUGACCACAAGGUUGGCGAACGCUGAAGGUCCCGCGAAGAGUGCUGCUAUGGACGACUUGACAUUGAAGAGGAGGUCUGCCGAGCGAAGAAGCAACGCCUCCGUCGUGACAACUACGGGCAUCUCCAAAUCGCAAGCCAACGAGCAGGUGGCUGCGAAGUCUGUAGACACCAAUCUCUCGCGGACCGAGGCGUUCAAACGCUCUCUCCGUGGUAAGGAUCCAAGUUUCGAGAUCCAUGAAGACAAACCUCGCGACCAACCGAUAUGCACCAGAUCGGACCCUUCAGCGACACAAUCAGGGACAGCAGAGCGACCAGACCUCCUACCACCCAAGAAGCGCUCCUCGACGUCCGAACUCCAUUCACAAUCAAGCACAAAGACGGCGACAGAACCCUCACAAUUGCGACCAACGCGACCGUCCCAGAGCCUACGAGCAUCCAGCAGUGCCGUGCCACCCGCUCAAUCGCAAUCGGCACCUUCACAUCCUCCCCCUCAUGACCAGCGGCAACCUCCUCGCCACCAUUCCCAAACCUCACCCUUCUCCCUGACGGCGCUCGCCGCACAGCUGGAGCCUACGCCAGCCCCCAGACCCUCUUCCUCGACACGACUCCUCUCGUCAGCAACCCGCCAGCCAGGUCGAGCCAGCAAUAUCAACCUCGCUCCGGAGAAAGUGGCAGCGGCACGGCUACGGCUCGCGAAACGGAGCGAGGAGCGCAAGGCGAGCCAGACGCUGUAUAUGAUGGAGCGGGAUGUUGGGGGGAUGGGCGCUGGAAAGGGCGAGGAGGAGAGCGCAGUGGAUUGGGCUAAUGUCUGA